UAUAUUGAAUUCCUGUGUUUUUCUUUACUGUCUUGCGCCUGGGGAUUCCCCCCUUAACACAGACUAGCCGUUAAGUUGUGUGGGUCGCGUGAGGAAUUUGGUGUGACUGGGAGGUCGCUGGUGACCCGGAAGUUAAGUCCGGCUCUUCCUGGGAGGAGCAGGAGGAGGGGGACAGUUGUGAGGGAAGCGAUGGCUGCCGGGCGCCGGACCCAGCUCUCCCCCCAGCGCUGAGCGAGGGUGGCCGCCCCACGAAGUGACGGUCCACGAUGGCGGAGCUGAUGGCGGCGGUGGAUGGGCCGCCCCGGGGCCGUACGCCCAGCCCGGUGCUGGGGGGCAUCCCGGUUCCUCCCGGGCCGCCGAGCCCCCGUCUGGCCGGGCCUGCCUGUUCCGGAGGGGGGCUGUCCCCGCGUAGCUCCGAGCCGCCCGUCCCGGACAGGCCUGGCUCCGGUUCCAAGUGGGUCCGGCUCAAUGUGGGCGGCACAUACUUCGUGAGCACCCGGCAGACCCUGUGUCGGGAGCCCAAGUCCUUCCUGUGCCGCCUCUGCUGCCAGGACGGGCCCGAGCUGGGCUCGGACAAGGAUGAGACAGGGGCAUAUCUCAUCGACAGGGAUCCCACUUAUUUUGGUCCGAUCCUGAACUACCUCCGACAUGGAAAACUCAUAAUAAACAAGGAGCUGGCAGAAGAAGGGGUACUGGAAGAAGCUGAGUUUUACAAUAUUGCAUCCCUGGUGCGUUUGGUGAAGGAGCGGAUACGGGACAAUGAGAACAGAACCUCUCAAGGACCCGUAAAACAUGUGUACAGAGUCCUGCAGUGCCAAGAGGAAGAGCUCACACAGAUGGUGUCCACUAUGUCUGAUGGAUGGAAAUUUGAACAGCUAAUCAGCAUUGGAUCUUCCUAUAACUAUGGGAAUGAAGACCAGGCAGAAUUCCUCUGUGUCGUCUCAAGGGAGCUCAAUAACUCUACCAAUGGCAUUGUCAUCGAACCUAGUGAGAAGGCAAAGAUUCUUCAGGAGCGAGGAUCCAGGAUGUGAUCCACGUAUCUGGUUCUGUUAUACUCCGAGAUGUCAAAAGGGCAGUCUAGCUGGGCAGAGCGUUUCUUCGCAGUUCAGCCUUGCUCUUGUACAGUAACCGAGCUAAUGCAAAGCAAAGCUGAGCCUGUCCUGCCAACAGAGAAUAAUUCUGGUCAAAACCAAAGGCUUCCCCCUAAUCCCAGGAAACCAAGGAAAGAAGAGACUCUUCCAGUCGGAUAGUCCCUUUUUCAAAUGUUUGUUUUUGUUUUCUUGGCCGGCGCUGUAUUGAAUUUUUCCAACACUGGCUGGGCCGGAUUCCCAGUCAGAGCCUUUGGGAGGGUUGCUCAGGUCCAUGAGCCCGUGUAGUCAGCCCAACCUCCAGUGGGAUGGAGUAGGUGAAAGAGGAUUUGUAUUAGAGCUGUGCCAUUUUGUGUGCCCAGGUUUAUCAAGUAGAGAGACCCUGCAGCGUUCCUCCCCCCCAGUUGGCCCCACACAAAUCAGAUGAAGAGGGUUUAGAAGUGAGACAAAAACAAGAACUGUCUUUUUUUAUACUGAAACUUUUUUCAUUCUUGCUUUGUAUUUGGUACUUGUCAGGUUCCUGAGAGCUGAGUUAGAUACAAAAUAAUCCUAGUGGGGAGAGCAGUUGUGUUUCUGUCUAAUGUGGGCCUUGGGAGGGGUCUACUGCUGGCACUAUUAUAUAUGGGCUCUUGGCAUCUCCCAAAGCCCAUUGCUCUUCGUGCAUUUUUUAAAAUCUACAUUGGCCCAUGCUAGUGACAGAGUAAAUGGUUCUGUCCUUUAUUCUCUCCAGGUUGGAUGAAAGUGGUGACAGGGAUCCUGUCCCACUUCCCCUCCAGUCCCUUGCCACAGCUUUAUCUUAGCCUGGCAUGAUGUUAUUUGAUUUACCCAGGUUAGGGACUUGUUGCUGCCACGUUCAGCUUUGCCUUGUCUGUCUCCAGCAGCAUGGACUCCCAUGAUCUCCUGCUGUCGUCUCCCAGCAGGAGGAGUUAGGGGAGGCUUUAUUUUGUACUGUAGCAAGCAGGUAGGUUUGUUUUAAAUCCAUCGGAUAGUUUGGGGAGGAGAGCCCCUAUUUACAUAUGGCAAUUCCACAUCUGCAGCCUGCUCAUUACCCCGCCUUCAGUAGGUCAGCCUGAAGUACCAAGGGGCAUUGCAGAGACUUUGGGGGGCUUGGUGAAAGUUGCCAAAGUGUUGUAAUGUUUCUUGUCCAAAGUGACGUGUCUACUUUUGUGACUUUUUUUGGAAUGCCUUGAAUGGACGUGCAAAUGUUCGUUUGUGCCUCUCUCUUUAAUUCUAGUCUUAGCCAAACUGGACUCACUGGUCCCUUCAAAGCAGUGACAUGUCCCUACUAUCUGGUAAAUGGAAUUUCGUAGGAGUUUGCUGCAUGUUUUUCCCUUUGUCCUGGCUUUGUCCUUUGUAGCCCAGUGCUCUGGUACCUGGGCUUUUGAGUCGAGUCCCAAACUGCCGUUGAACCAAAGUUCCAGGUACACUGGAAUUCACUGGCAUUGGCAAGGCCAUAGUGAACGGUCCUGGAGUAGGCCAUGAGCACAGAAUUCCUUGUUUGGAUUGAUGAGUGUGGGAUUCUCCCUGAAGGAAUUGGGCUCACUGUGAUCUUGUCAGUGUUUUGUGCAUAGGAAAGUUCCCCAUCCUGUCUCCUUGUUGACUUGGGGCAGAGGGCUGUGACCAGUGGUUUCUGUGGGUAUGGAUGACCUUUUCAGUGAACAAGGUGCAGUAAAGAAAUUCAGAGGGAUACCCCACACACACACACACUCUCCAGUCCAGCUUUUCCCUACGCUGCUGUCAGCAUACCUCCUCCAGUGGGGUCUUCACCGCUUUCUCAGGAAGGAAGGUUGAUUAUCUGUAGUAGCUAGUCUUGGUAACAGACUGUGCCAAAUGUCCGAACUCACAUUGUGUCAGUUUUGGGCUGCUGAAAUUCAGUUGGUGUGGCACCAUACUCAAUAAUCCAGCUUUCCUAGUCCCCCAAUCUUCCCUGUCUGUCAUGUGAUGAAACGGUGUGGGUGUGAUUGGACUGGAUGCCUUGGCGGGGCCCAAACAACACUGUGAUGUGUACAUAUAGCUCUUAUCUAUGGGUAUCUUGGAGCCCCAGCCACUGUCAGUUUGUGGUCACAACUGAGAAAUAAAAAAAUGCAUAUGCAGUUUAGCAGCAUAAAAGCCACAUAUCACACUAGCCUUCACACCACCAUCUAUCUUUUCCCCCCAGGGAGAAGGGGAAGUUGGGAAUUAGUCAAGAAAGAUCAGACUAACAAUAACAGGAGUCAGAGUAGCAGCCGUGUUAGUCUGUAUCCGCAAAAAGACCAGGAGUACUAGUCUAAGGUGCCACAAGUACUCCUGUUCUAAUAACAGGAGUCACUUUGCUGCCCUGUCAGACGCAGUCAAUACAAGCCUAACUGACUUGCUUUUCAAGCUGGCGGGCACAAAGCCGUGCUAGGUUUGCUUAGAGGGCAAUGUUUUAAUCCAGUACAAUUUCAGUUGACAGAAUGAUACCUCAUUGCUUUUUUUGGGUCAUCAAAAACACCCUGCCUCAUGAAGCCCAGUUGAGGAGUGCCUGCUGUCAGAAUCGGUUUGAAAAAUACUACCGCCCUACCUUCUCCACACCAGAGGGAACGGCUCCAGUAAAACAAACCAGAAGAAGAACCUGGUAGUUACGACAGGCCGAGACCAGUUCAGUGUGUCCUGUAUAAAUCGCAAUGGAUUGAACAUUUCUGCCAGAUACCUGGGGAACAGACUAUAAAAGUUAAAUCCUAUUCUCUCCCUAACUUCCCCUCCAGUGAGAAUUGUUAGAGCUUGUCAGUGGAUUUAAUGCCCCACUGGAACCUAAUUGCCUUUUCUUCUUCUUAAAAUCCAAUAGAAUAAGUGAUCUAGAAAAUGAUUCCUGUCAUUUGCAUCCUCACUGGAUCUCAAAUUCUUUGGUGAUAAGAAGGGACUGUUGUAGUCUUCUGGAAGGCUAUGGACUCCUGUAGGUACAAAGACUUGCAAUCCAUCAAGAGCAGGAUGCUUUCCCAGAUCACCUAGCUGGGAGUUUCUCCUCUUUACUGUCUGUGAUAGGUCACCUUUAGCCCUGUGAAAGUCUGAAGAACUGGUCUCGCUUGGUCUCCACAUUCCAUACUAGUUGCAUCACUGCACUGCUGGAGACGGCUUUUCCUUCCAUUUCCUUUAGCUUGGUCGCAGCUAUCUCCUCAAACUAAAACGGGGGGAGGGGUGUCCCAUCAAAUCAGUCCUGUUGACCCUAGAGGGCAGUAUAUUUUGGGGAGUGGGAGUGGGGAAGCAGUGGGAGGAGGUCUGAUAGAUAGCUGUGGGGUUUUGUAUCUCUUGGGAAGGUUCACUUUAAAGCAUUAGAACUGGGAACUGAUAGCAAGUUUUAUCUAAAUUUCCCAGUGGCCUAAAUUGUUCCAUUAUGGGGAGACUGGAAUUAACCUCUGAAAGUGUCUUUGUUUCUGCACAUUUUUAAAUCAAUCUUCUCAGGGGUGACUGAGUGGUCCGAGGGGAAGUGCGGGGGGGGUUAGCCACAGGGGUGGGGGCACAGCUCCUCAGACCUCUGCAACUUGGCCAUGGGCUCCUCACCCUCAGGUUUUGCCUGCAAACCCAGAGGUUUUGUACAGUUUGUCACAUGUCAGUGCCCUUUGCUACUGUUUCUCUUUGUUUAUUAAAUGUGUUUGAAUAAUGAUUCAGAUGCUGUGAUUAAUUUUUUUCAAUAAAGAUUCUGAAAUGGG